CCUCCGUCUCUCUUUGACGCUCUGUGUCUGUGAUUCCAGAGAGAUGCUGCGAGAUCCUGAGAUGAGGAACAAACUGAUCUCCAAUCCAACCAACUUCAACCACGUGGCUCACAUGGGACCAGGAGACGGCAUCCAGAUCCUGAAGGACCUGCCCAUGAACGUCCGUGUUCAGGACAGCCGAGCGGGCUUCAGCGGCUCCGUCAGCAUUCCCUCCAUCACCAAGAACCGGGCCGAGCCGGGCCGCUCCAUGAGCGCCAGCAGCGGGCUGGGCAUACGCUCGUCCUCGCAGAACGGCAGCGCUCUGCGCCGGGAGCUGUCAGGAGGAAGCUACGGGUCCAAACGCCAGACCAUGACCUCUCCUUCCGAGAGCUCCCUGUCCUCAGGCGGAGGGGUGGACUGCGGUGAUGCUCCGCUCUCACAGUUCGACAGAGAGUGGCAGGCAGUCUCCCCGUCGGAGAAGACCCCCGAUCUGAAAAGGGCUUUAAGGACCCUGCUUAGUAAGAUGAAGGAUUCGGACUCCCCGCGCCACUCCACGGCCUCCAACAGCUCCACCUUCAGCAGCCCUCCCAGCCCGGCCUCCCCACACAAGACCAAGUCCCUGUCCUUGGAGAGCACAGAAAGGAUGGGCUGGGACACAUGAGCCCCCAGCGCUCCAUCCAACCCCCCUCACCCACCCACCGACCGACCCAUCAACCGACCCACCGACCGACAGCACAGGACUCAAAUUCUCCAACUCCUCCUUUUUUGAAUAUUGUUCCCUCACUGCCCAGAGAACUGCACCUCCUGCCCACCACUCCCUCCCAAAGAUUUGUCCCACUUUACCCCCCCACACUGUGUCAGCGUUCUUCCACAGUGGGGCCGAAACACUCGCUAGGCAGCGAGGGACAAGCUAUCAAAUGCUAUCAGUGUACAUGUGGGUGCUGAUGUUUGGCUUGUGUGUGAGAGGUGUGUGUGAUGUGGGGCAGGUGAUGCAGGAACAGGAAGCUCCCAUUUUGGCUCUUUUUGGUCAACUUGUCGAGAUUCACUGAGACUCUUAAAAAGUCACGAUGCAAAAAGAAGAAAUAUUAUCGAGAGCAGAAGGUUUGUACUUGUACAUAGGACCCGCCGGGAUUCAGGGGACAGUGUUUUAAUUUAUUUAUCGAUCAUAGACGAGGAAAGGGAGCGCUGCCCCCCCCUCACCUGCUUUCUCUCUGGGUGCUGCAAAAAAAACAAAAAAAUAAAAAAAGGAAUUACGUUUAUUUUUUGCUCCUGAUACUAAGUGCAGUGACUUUAUAACAUUUUUAAUUUCCACCAUCAGCGGCUCCUGUGACAUCACACGACAAACACGACAUCAUCGGGGGCGUGUCCUCCGUCGUGGACGCUCCAGCCAAAACUCCCGUCACAGUCAUGUACAUAGGUUCAGAGUAGAGAGUAAUAUAUGAUAAGGAAAUACUAUAGAGAACUACACGGGACGGAAAACUCCUCCUUUAUUUUCCCGCUUUUGUUUGGAGUGAUUCCGGGUUGUUUCGCACUCGAAGCCAUUUUAAAACCACUUCUUUUGUUUUUACUGAUUUAUUUUAGAUUUGUUUGUUUUCAUGUUGUUUCUAUGACGUGUGCAUCCCUCCACCUGAUAUCAGGGGGGAAAGCUGACUUAUAACGGCACUGCUGCCUGUACGCAGACACACGCACACAGGCGGUUGUUGCCUUGUUGUGCUCCUCUGACUGUUGGCGGUGUUUGAAAGGUCGCUGAGCUCUGUUUCAGCAAAUACGGACAAACAGGGAGGCGCCGCGACUUCGCUCCAACGCUUUAAUGAGUCGUGAAAAUUUGUAAGAGGGAUAAAAAAAAUGAGAAUGUAAACAGUGCGAGGACGUCACAGCUGGUUUGUUCUGGAGGCGACGGAGUAAAUGACCUCAGCCUGUUGUUGUUGUGUGAACUGAACAGGGCCGGAGCUCUGAGCCGCCUCCACGGCACUAAUCUACUCUACUCUACUUUACUUUACUUUACUUUGUCAGUGGAAAGGCCUUUAAAAAAUAGACGAGGGGGGAAACGGUGUGGCAGCUUCUGGCUGCAGAGCGGGGCAUUCACAGCCAAAAACCUGUUACCUCUGUUCAUCUCCUGUAGGCAUUUUGACCCGAGGGACACGGCGGCGUGGCAUCAACCCACAGAGGGUUUUAGCCUCGCUCCACAUGAUUCCUGUUUGUCAGAAAGGGAAACUCUUCAUUCCCCCUGUGGAAACACAGCAAAGAGCUGCAAACGGCUCAUUCCAGGUGUUAUUUUUAUUUUAUUAUUUUUUAAUUUGAAGAGGUUUAGAGCUCCCAGCUGGUUUUACUCCAGAUAUCUUAGACCUUUUUUUAAGCUAGCGACUCCUUCGUUCCUGCGACGAGUUUAUCUGCAGGACGACGAGCUGGCGUGAGGUGUUCGCCAGGCGGCGUCUGUUUUUCAUUUUUGGCCUGUGCAGAAAAUCUGAUCCUAGAUGUCCCGGUUCAAAGAGCGAGAAGGGGAAACUCAGGAAACAAAUUUUCAGUCAGACGAGCGUGAUCGAGGUGCGUUUGAUUCAUUGAUGGAUGGGCAGCAGUAAGUGAGGGAAUGUGACCCGGGUGGAGACAGUGAGUAUCGGGUGACAGGUGGCUUCACGGCCGAAGUGCCGCAUUUUAAAGAAACGGAAACGCCUUUACAUUUCAGUGAGGUCUUAUCUCCAGUACCUUCUAUAUUGUUUUGCUCUUUCAUAUCAUAUUCCACUUUGUUUUCUAGGAUUGCUUUGUAAUAAUUUGUACAGUUUUGCAUGUUAUAGAUGUAAUCAUUUUGGUUUGUCGUUUUCUUUUUGGAGCGGUUUGGGUGUUUUACUGAGGAUAACCCACUACAGCUGAUGUAGAUUCUUUUUUUGCACAAAAAUAUUUAAGGUGUAAGGUCAAAACAAAAAUAAUGUAUGGAAGCGGCUGCCACACUUACGUGGAGAACUCAUUAUAUUAACCUGACUCCGAUGUAUUUCAAUAAAGCGGAGGGCUGUUACAAAUACA